AUGGCUGGUGGUUAUGAACUCCUGAAGACCGGAGGUGACACCAAAGUUCAGUCACCCAAGUCGUAUCGCAUCACACGUCGUGUCGCGAUCGGGCUCAUCGCAUGUCUGGCGUUGGUAACGCUUUCUUUUCUGCACGUUCAUCCUCCCUUAUCAGUAGAUCUGGGAGCACAAGAUAACCAUGACGAGGACUCCGUGAAGGCCUGUGCUUCACCCGCACCCCCUGCUGCCCGUCCCCCAGCCCCCAUCAAUCCAUGGGCCUCUCUCACCAUCAAGCAGGUCGUUCAGGUCCAGAAGUGGUUGGAGGACCCUGCCCGGGCCCUUAACCUGACGCGCGGGGCUAUAUCAAAGCCAUCGGACAACCACAUAUUCAUGAUAGAAGCGUACUACCCACCUAAAGCCAGCGUCCUAAGUUACUUCUCAUCUCUAUCCUCAUCGGACAUCCCGCAAAAGUAUGCGCGGGUCACAAUCCACCAUGGUUCUGCACCGGAGCCUGUCGUAAAGGAUUAUCUUGUUGGACCACUCCCUAUUGGCUCAUCCACUCGCAUGGAGCAUUUGACGGAGAUAUACCAUCUCGACGCUAUUCCGCACAAUGCACGUGGCUUUGAUACCCGUGACUGGACUGCUCCGGAGAUUUUUGAGAAGAUGGCGGCUCCCAUAAUGGAAGCAUACGAGGAACUUCUGGGCGGCACGCCCCAGGAUACUCUUACUACGGCUGGCAGUGGACCGUUCAGCUUUGAUGGUUCAUUCAGACGUCUGUGGCUUGGCUGGCGGCGCAACACGCCCGGCUUCUUCUUACAUCCACUCAACUUAUAUCAGUACGUCGAUCUUAGCGGUACCGAUCCCUCGCAGUGGGACCAGUUAAAGAUCGUGUACAACCACCAAGUCUUUGACUCACCAGAAUCUUUCAUGGAAGCGUUUCACAAUGGCAGCCUCAAACGCGUCCCUGUUAUUGACCCCGACACCGAUUUGUCGUACAGUACUCGUAAGCGUAUCGGAGCCCAACGCGAUCUCGACCAUCUUCCUGGACCUCGUUCGGUGUCGUUUGCAGGUCUGAGGUUCCGAGUAGAUCGUGAUCUUCAGUACGUCAGCUGGAUGGGCUGGGGCUUGUACCUUGGCUUCGACAGAGAUAUGGGCUUGAGCUUGUGGGACAUCAGGUUCCGUGGUGAGCGGAUUGUUUAUGAGCUCAAACCUCAGGAAGCUCUUGCACAGUAUGCGGGCAAUGAUCCAUUCCAGGCAACGACUGCUUGGCUCGAUCGCUACUUUGGCAUGGGGCAAUCCGUCCGUGAUAUGUUACCAGGCUAUGAUUGUCCCCAUGAAGCCGUGUAUCUGCCAGCGACCACGUACUCGACGGAUGGAUUAACCACACGACAGCGCGCAAUUUGUAUCUUCGAGCAUGAUAGCGAACGACCUCUUACGAGACAUCUUGGUUACGAAGAAAAUGAGUUCGGGGCGGUCAAAGGCUAUGAGCUCGUGAUCAGAAGUAUUGCCACGGUCGGAAAGUGUGUAGAUUUUGUCUUUCUGCGGGAUGAUGCUGAAAAUCGAACCCUAGUUAUGAUUACUUUUGAUUAUAUCUUCCAUCUUGACGGAACCAUCGAGGUCCGCCUCUCCGCUUCCGGCUAUCUGCAAGCUGGUUUCUACGAUGGAACACAAGGGCAAUAUGGCAAUCGAAUCUGGGAAACCAGCAUGGGCAGUCUGCACGACCACGUUAUCAACUACAAGGUUGACCUCGAUGUGGCGGGUACAGCAAACUCGUUGUUGAAGACUACUCUGAGUCAAGAGGCAGUCACCCAGCCUUGGUUUGAGGAUGACUGGGGAGAUGAAGUUAUUCAGCAAGUAGUCACACGAGAGUAUAUCGAUGACGAGAACGAUGCCUUGUUGAAAUUCCCGACAAACUUCCAGGGCGCAUUUGCACUCGUAAAUCAAGAGGAGACCAACAAGUGGGGAACAUCGAGAGGAUACGCCAUCCAUCCAGGCUAUUCUCCUAUUCACAACACAGUCGUUGGUUCUAAGCGGCUCCUGAAGAAUGCGAAACUGGGCGCGCUACAAUCUGGCUGUCUCCCGUCGCAAGGAGACAGAACCGUCCUCGAGCAGCAUGUGGAACUUCAAUUUGCCGGUGGCCCUCCUGUCGACUUCCACAAGUUCUUUGAUGGAGAGAAUAUCACACAAGAAGAUCUAGUUGCCUGGGUGAACCUUGGCAUGCAUCAUCUUCCCCAAUCGGAAGACGCACCUAACACACGAACGAACACAGCGACGUCAAGCUUCUUCUUGACACCUCUCAACUACUUCGAUCACGAUCCUGGCGACUCCUUCACAUAUGACGACUAUGGUGUUCAGCCUGCUCACUGCCUGCCGGAACACCCGUCACCCUUCGAGUACCAUCCGGCGAAGAUGUUCGACCUGGAUGGAAGGCCUGCACCUGCUUCGUCAAUCGAAAACAUGCGCAAGGCCUCAGAGUUAUAUCAUCGCAUCAAACUUGAGUUGUAA